ACUAAUACGUACAUAAUCGGACUCUAAGCCGCGUUUACUUUACACCGGCAGCACAGCGCAGCUUUGCCUCCCUUCUCAUCUACGACCAUGAAGAUUUUCUCACUCUCAGUUGUUCUCGCACCUUCCUCAGGCCCUUGUUCAGUUCUCAGCUCUACUUCAGAUGUCUCUAGUUUCUCGUUCUACCAGAGAGGUUCUGUCAGCGAGUUUUUGACAUUCUUCACCAAGACGGUCGUGGAGAGAACUCCUCAGGGCCAGCGUCAGAGCGUACAAGAGAACAAUUAUACCGCCCAUGUAUACAACAGGAGUGGUGCAGAGCAGCUUGCAGCUAUCAUUAUUACUGACCACGAAUACCCCGUUCGACCUGCCUUUUCUCUUCUGACAAAGCUGCUUGAUGAUUUCACUGCCAAAGUCCCCCAAUCUGCCUUCGGAAACCCAGGAUCAAUAUCAUUCCCAGAGAUCCAGACCUACAUUCAGAAGUACCAGGAUCCUCGCCAAGCUGAUACAAUUAUGCGGGUACAACAGGAGCUAGAUGAGACAAAGAUCGUUCUGCACAAGACCAUCGAAUCUGUUCUCCAACGCGGGGAGAAGUUGGAUAACCUUGUAGAGCGAUCGAAUGCUUUGUCCGCACAGAGCAAGAUGUUCUACAAGACAGCUAAGAAGCAAAACUCAUGUUGUGUGAUCAUGUAG